GAUUUGUCAUUUUUUCUUCAAAUUCUAAAGGAGAAAGUGAAAAAUGCAUCAACAAGUACCACUUCUUGACAUUUGAUCUUGCUUGAGAUCUCAAAAACACAGAAUUUCAAUUCAUGGCCAAAUCAACACAUUUAACUUUUCUUAAGUAGCAUAGCGACGAAUAUGUUAUUACAAUACCAUCUAACAAGUAUACAAUUCUUAUUAUCAUUCAUAUUCAUCCAGUCAACUUGUCAGGCACAACUCGACCAACAACAAUGGCACCAGCAAUUCUCAUCUUCCUCAGUCUCUUCCAUGACUCCCAGUUAUAGCGUAUACACUCAUAGUUUUACUUAUUUGGGCAAUACACCCUACCAAAACCAAAGUUCCAGCUCUUCUCCUAUGGCUAAUGAUCAAAUAGCUACGGCUUUACGAGUUCAGCGAGAUAUUGCUGUUAAUGUCACUGUAGAUCAGUUGGUGCAGCCGGCCAUUGACUUAUCUACUGCAUUCUUUGGGCAGAACUUUACCAAUUCCAAAAUAAAUCAAGUGGAUACCCUUCUUCUCAUGGGGUAUAAACGGCUUGUGGUGGAUUUAUAUUGGGAUCCAUUGAUGUCUGAUUGGCAAGUGUGCCCGUUUUUCAUGAAUUUAACAUCUUCUCUAUCCUCUUCGAUGAACGAAAUUAAGAACAGUAAGGAUCAUUCGCUCCCGUCAGCGGCUUCCGACAUGGCUUUCACAGUAACGACAACUGGAAAUAGAGAUACAGAUAUACUCGUACAAAAAGAUGGUUAUGUCUGCAACUAUCAGCGUUCAAAGUUUCGUGAUUUUUUAGAAAGUAUAGAUAAUUACUUGUAUUCAACGGAAGAAGGACGCGCUUCACAAAAGACGGACAUUAUUUCUAUUAUUAUGAAUUUGCAUGAAUAUGCGGAUGCAAAUAUCAGAGUAAGCGACAAUGAUACUAUCACCAUAGCAGCAGCAGCAGGAGCAAUUGCUGAUAUCCGUCACAACAACACCAAUAGCAACAUAACCAACACGCGCAAUAGCAAUGACGCUACCAAUGCUUUUUCUCGUGCUACAAUAGCAUCACCUCUCUUGUCAGAGGCAGUUGUGCCCAUUGCAGACUCUCAUUUGAGUCAGAUCAUUUCAGCCUCACUAUCCUUGUCUUCCACACAAUCUUCCCGUGUCUAUACACCCAAAAACUUAACAGCAGAUAGGGAGCAAAUGCAAGCGUUGCACAAUAAGAUGGAGACGUCCUUCUGGUGGCCAGAAUGGCUGAAUUUGAUAGAUAGAAAAGUCCAGAUUAUUUUUGGCUUUGGGACGUUUGAUCCACCCGUGUCUAGAACGUUCAAACUCACUUCAUUUGAUAACGAUAUGAUUUUCAGCGCAAGUAGCAUCAACGGCCUUAUGAAUACAACAACGGCUGCCACUGACGUUGCUUGUUCACCCACUUUGUCGUCGCCCGUCAACAGCAAUGUAUCGUGGGCAUUCGUCAGUGAUAGAAUUCGGCCGUUCACUUAUUUCUCCGCCAAUAAUGCCACACAGUGUGGCUACUCUCCUUACUUUACGCAUGCUAAUUACUCUGAUUCAGCAUCCUCCAUCCAUAAUGUAGAUGAUACUGGCCAUUUAUCAGACAAUGUUCUUUCCACUAUUUGGUCCUGGGAUAUCAAUGAGCCGGCCGUGACGCCGGGUCAAGGCAACAACAUGUAUCAUAACAAUCAGAAACGAUGCGCUGCUAUUGUGAAAUCGACAGGACGUUGGCGUUCUAUGGAUUGUAACGGGUAUUAUCGCGUUGCUUGCAAGAGAAUGGAUGCACCGUAUGACUGGCUAGUUACCAAUGAUACUGUGACCUAUGAUUAUGCAUUGUCCCCUGAUAUUUGUCCUCAACACUAUACCUUCGAUGUACCUCGACUCCCGCGCGACAACACUGCACUAAGAUUCGCCUUAUCAAAGAUGGAAAACAAAUUGAAAGAGGACGAUAAAGUGUGGAUCAAUCUGAAUCUCGUCUAUACGGCGGAUGAUAGUUGCUGGGUGAUUGGACGUUAUGGAAACUGUUGGUGGUUGCAAGAGACAGGGCAAAGGUUCCCUGGAUUGGUAACCACAUCCAUUGUUUCAGGUCUGAUCAUUCUGAUUUUGGUUGGUUUUUUUGUUUGGGUGAAAUGUGCGCGGCUGAUCCGAAAUAGACAUUCAAAAUCGCGUAAAGCGAUGGUGAAGAAAAUGCUUGCGAAAAGAGAAUAUGUAACUGUCCCUGCAUAGUUACUCAAGAUAUGAUUGACCUUUUUAGAACCUAUACCCCUCCAACACGUUCAUUUUACUUUUUAUAAUACAAUAAUAUCUAAUUGUACCUUUGUCAGCACUAAUUAAGAUGGAAAUGUACCUACCUAUUGUAUGUUUUAUGUUUUGCUCUGCUAGUCCUAAUAGAUUCAAUACUUUUUGAAAGAUUGAUCCGAUUCACUUGGAAAAAAAUGCUAAGGAAGAGCACGAAUCUAAGUUUCCGCAUUCGUCAGUCUCCUUUGAUUUCUUUUGUCUUGAAUGAUUGACAACGGGAUAAAACGCUUCCACAAAACGAGCGAUGUGUUUGUGUCUUUGUGUGUGUUUGUUUAAAGAAGGGAUUAUGCAUUUUUACAUGCUGCUAAGCUGCCUAAUAAAGGCACGUGUUAUGGUCGGCUUGCAGACAACGAUUCGGUAAGUAAGCUAGUAUAACGUUUCAAUCUUUCUUACAGGACUGCUGAUAUCCUGCUUGCUAGAUGAAUG